UAUAUAUAUAGGGCUAUAACAUAAUUGGUAUAUAUUUACAGGGCUACACACCUCUCCAUUUAGCUGCAAUACAAGGUCAUGAAGCUAUCAUUGAGUUACUGACCAAAACAUAUAAUGCUGAUUCCAAUAUAAGAGAUUACAGCGGUAAGAAGGCCAAACAGUAUCUAAGCAAUUCAGCUUCGAGCCGAGCGCAACGUGGCAGCCUCGUGCUGAACCGAUCGAAGAGCCUCCAGUUUGAUAAGUCAGACAAUCUUGAAAAACCUGAUGUAAUGUCUCUAGACAAACAAUUACUUGUGUCCAGUAAGCUUAGCUCAAAAUCAGGUAAUGAAAGAAAUGAUAAUGGAUUUAUGAGAAACUCGGGUAGCCGACGCAGUAAUCGGGAAAGUGCAAUAAAAUCAUUGAUCCGUGCAUCUACGGGAGCGAUGAAGCAGACGGUGAUGAGGUCCGGUUGGGGUUCUUCAGAAGAUGUUAUAAAUGAGCGAACGCCGAAAUCAUCACCAAGAAAUAGUGCCGAGCCGUCCCCAGUCAUACAAAGGAGAAAAGGAUCUUUUAAGAACAGUGAUCGAGAUCUGAUGCCGCCACCAGGAGCCGGGUCAAGAUACAGCAGCAAGUCAAAUAAACAUAAACAUUCCAUCAGUAAAGAAAGUCUUCAUUCAGAAGAUAAGAAACUCAGCGUGGUGAAACAGGUCCCUCGUUCGGAGUCAGAGCCAAAUCUUGGUGAAGUUGUACAACCAAGUCGAACUACUUUCAUCUGAGUACACUACAAUAAAUCUGAAAUGGACAUUAAUGAAGCAAUACAUUCCAUAUUAACUGAGCAA